UGGCGGUGGUGGCGAGCGCGGCUACUAUUGGUGAUAGUGUCUUUUUUGCCGGCGGAAAAGCGUGACCAUUACUUUGUGCACUAUUUGUAAUCAUUGGCCUUGAUCAUUGAGCACUCGUAUAUAAUAUUAACGAGGGUACGUACAUCGUUCGAUCCUCGGUGAAAAUGUGGGGAAGAGCAAGUAUGGCAGCUAUAAUGGUUCUGCUUCUAACGUGUUGUUUAUGCACGUUGAACGUGGCCUAUGCCAAAGGAAGCGUCGCAGACUCUACUUCGAGCGACACCGACGGGGAAAACAUUUUGGAACGAGCAACUGCAUGGUUAUGGAGUCAACGAAACAAAGAUGCCGGUUGGGGAAACGAUACUCAUCGAGUAUUGCUGGUUCUUCGACUGGGCAAUCUGUCGCGGGAGGAUAACGUUGCGCCUGCGGCUCCUCUUGAAUUGCAGCUCAGCAGCAAACAGAUGGAACUUGAAAUAGUUUUGCUUCUAUGGAGGCACAGAGAAGUUGGCUUUUCUCCUGUUCGCCUAGCGCGCUACACUCUUGCCUUAAAUGCCAUGUGCACGGAUCCAAGACAAUUUCACGGUCACGAUUUGAUUGGAACGCUUCAACAUCACGAACCACCGACCGAUUACGAGUUUGCCUUUACCACGUUAGCUGCGUGCAAUGCGCAAGCUCACGUACGAAAAAGGCAGAUACGUCGAUUGCUUGACAUCGCGAACGCUGCUCAAGAUCACAACGUCGAUACCGUCGCGAUGGUAAUCUUAGCCUUAAAGUGCAUCGUUCAGGAUCACAGACAUCGAAAUCUCCAUCAUUUCGUGCGCAAACCGUCGAUUGGUUUAGCGCAACAGCAAAGACUCGAUGGCAGUUUUGGAGAUGUUCGGACAACGGCGUUGGUGAUGCAAGCUCUCGAAGAAGCGGAGAACGAACCCGCCGACAAUUGGAAUAGAUCAGCCGCUUUGGCAUGGUUAACCAGUCAGCAACGAGCCGAUGGAUCUUUCGCUGGUGACGUUCGUGCGACCGCCGAAGCGCUUCUUGGCGUGGCGCCACGUGGUUUAGCGAGCAUCCGGACGCUCGAUUGUGGGCAAGGACUUGCCGAAACUUUACCACCGAGAUUCGCUAACGGAAACGGAAACGGAAACGGAAACGGAAACGGUAACGGUAACGGUAACGGUAACGAGCCAGCGGCGGCGAUCCCAGGCAAUCGUAACGACAGUCUAUCGAUAUCUGUCACUUCUGGGACCAGUGUGGCGACUAAUGUCACCGUUGGGAGCAGCGGAACUGGACAUAACGGAAGCAACGGACAUAACGGAAAUAGCGGGAACAAUGGCAACAAAUACGCGACAAAUACGUUCAACGCGAGCAAUACCGAUGGCAGUACGAUCGUUACCAUUGCAACACCGGCUAUGGUAAACGUUUCUUACACCCUAUGGGUUGGCAGCAACGUGAACGAGACAUACAGUUUGACAGUGACCGCGCCUAAAAACGAAACAUUUUACGAAGUGAUGCUUCUAGCCGCAGAAAUGUCACCGCAUUUUCAAUUUGUUGCAUCCGAAUGGCCGAAUGGACACUAUGUUCACACGAUAGCAGGUUACAAAGAAGAACCAAUGUCCUAUCAUUAUUGGUUGCUGUAUCGACUGACUGCUCCGCCCGAUCCAGCCUCGCCACCGGGUAAUCAACUGGUUGCACCUGGAGGUGUGGACGAUUUGCAGAUCAGCGAGGGAGAUCACUAUCUAUUCUGGUAUAAAAAGCUAUGAGAAGCAGCAACCUGUCGACGUCCAGUUGUAUCAAACGAGUAACGAGAAGGAGGAAAAAGUACGCAAUUAUCGUGCGUGCGUAGAGAAUUAAUUAACAACAAGUUUCAGGAGAACGACGUGACGCGCGACUCAAGAAUAAAGAGUAAAGAACAAAGAGUAAAGGAUAAAGAGUGAAGAGUAAAGAGUAAAGAGUAAAGAGUAAAGAGUAAAGAGUAAAGAGUAAAGAGUAAAGAGUAAAGAGUAAAGAGUAAAGAGUAAAGAGUAAAGAGUAAAGAGUAAAGAGAGUAAAGAGUAAAGAGAGUAAAGAGUAAAAAGAGUGAAGAGCAAAGAGUAAAAAUUGUUAUCGUUAUUCAUGCGAAAAAAGGGCUCACUUUAUUCACUGCCAUCGCUAAAUAUACGUACGGCAAUGUACGCGACAUUUUCCUGGAACAUGUUUAUAUCGCUCGUAGGUAUGUCAUGUUCCUACGAGGGUGUCGAGAAUAGUAGAGCUGGCAGUGAUCGAUUUUUUCAAACUCUGCUCCGUAACUGAACCGAUUCAACGAAUUGGCGACACGCGACAUCGCUACUUCGCUGCUCUAAUUGUAAAUCGUGCCGAUUCAAUUGAUUUGAAUUGAACUGACGCGAUAGAAAAUAUAAUUUACCGGGCAAUAAUUUACCCGAAUACCAUGCGUAUCGUAACAACUUAAC